AUGUGGCAUGGAAAACGCGCAAUUCUUCCAUUUGUGUUUCUUCAGCUGCAAGCUGGGCAGGUGUUGAAGCCGUAUCUGAGGCAGUUGCACAGACUUGUUGCUCACGAACUUCAUCGGUUUGAGGUUUCAUUCGAUGAGCAUCAGGCUGCAGACGAGCGCUGUCUUGCCCGCUUCAACUCCGACACUCGCUUUGCCAUUGCCAGUGGCCAGUCGCUGUUCUUGUCCGAUGCUUGGUCAGAGCAGCUUGACCAAUGCGUCACGAUGGGCUCACGAUACGUCUUGUAUUCGCAUGGCUUGGUGGACAGCCAAAACUGGGCAAGGGGCUUUCGGUCCGUGGGUCCUCCAGGCAAGAAACUGAUGGAGAUCUGGGGAACCCAGCUGCAUACGCCUGUCCUUGAGCAGCUGAACUCCAUGAGCUCGGCGCGCCUGCUCAACUUAUCUGUGAUCGGUGUAUGUGUGCCAAAUACGUGCUUGCGAAGGUCCGAACUGCUGCUCGGGUGGCAUGUCCUUCUCUUAAAGCUGGGGCAUCCGAAGGGUGCCUUGCAAUUGCCAGCACCGAUACGGAGCCGAGUCCGUUUGCGGGCGAGCCACACUCAGGAUGCGUUGAGAGCAUCGCAACUGAAAUCCCUCUUGGAACAGAAAGAUGAUCGGAAGCCUUCUUGGUACCUGAAUCCAUCUUCAUGGCGUGUGCGUCCUGCUCGCUCCGCCUUCGCUUCCCGGGCACUGACUCAAUAUUACUUCCGCUUCAGGUGGUCGUUGUAUACGUAUCGAAUGCAUGUUAGCCAGAAGCACCGCUAUGCUCUUUGUUCUGUACCAAAGGUGGGUCUCAUGCAGUUUUUCCUCUUGGAUCAUCAUUUCCAUCAUCGGAAUGUGACCUAUGAAGACAUCAUCCAGCCAGAGUCGCGUGGAUCGGACCGCUUUGUUCACUCGCGCGCUUGCUACCACUACUGGAGGAGUCCGACUUUCAAGUUCGUCGCAUUCGUGCGGGAUCCGUUGGAGCGCUUCCUUUCAGCGUUCCUUGACAAAUGCAUGCAGAGUUCGAGAAACUGUGAAACGGACCGAGAGGGAUGGGAAGGCGUGAGCUUGAAGAGCUCGCGAAAGGAGCAGAUCGCCGCCUUUCGCCUCUUUGCAAAGCAGCGGCUCCCGAGUCCCCACAUGCUCAUCGACGACCACUGGAUUCCUCAGAGCAUCUUUCUGAACGAGGGCUGCCGCUUCACUUUCCAGCGUGUCGACUUUGUAGGGCUUUUGACGGCAGACCGAAACGCAGUAAACUGGCAGGUCUUCGAGAUGUUGCAUGCUGUCUUUGGCUUUUCGCUACAGAGGUCAUCGCGUCUGGCAGAUGAGUACUUUCCCGGGACAGGUUAUGCCAGCGAAGGUGCAGCGCUGCACACGAAUACCUACCAUGACCGCACAAUGUCGAUCUUCAGCCAGUUUUACAACCAGGACACGCUGGAGAACGUGCUGCGGUACACCGCCCAGGACUAUGCCGCCUUUGGCUUUCGCCUGCCAGCUUGGACAGAGGGGAUCACGAAUCGGACAUCGUGGUGGUUCUGA